AUGGCUCCCCAUAGUACGGUCGGUUGGUCAACCUGGGAGGAGGAAAACCUGUUACCCUGGUUGGAAUCAAACCGAUACUUGACCUGGAACGCUCUGUCUCACGCCUACUGGCAGCAAUAUCAAAUAAGAAGAAGCGCCGAGUCUCUGAGAGGGAAAAGGUACCACAUCCUUCGGAAACGCCGCGAUGCUGGUCAUACACCGAUCAAAAAUAAACGGCAACCUACAACGUGUGAACAUCGCAAACUCCUUGUGAAAGGGAGAAAAAAAAAUCCGCUCAAGCGCCGAAUCAGACGAUGGCUUCGAAAUGUUUCCACAGGACAAUCAGACCGCAGUGAUUCUACAGGAACCAAGAGAUCAUCGACCGGUAAGACAUCACCUAAUGUUUCUACUACAUACCAAGCUGAUCAAUUGGUAGGUCUCGAGGUAGUGCCGUCAGGUUCUGCCCAGCUUGAUUAUGCGAGAAACUUGUCGUGGAUCUGGGACUAUGCUCAUCGACUCGGUGCAGCAGGGAAAUUGGCUCUUUGA